AAUUUUGCAGCACCAAGAACCUGUAGAGAGUGCAAGCCAAAAUGGAAGAUGGUCCUGUUUCCUAUGGCUUUAAAAACAUUUUUGUUACAAUGUUUGCUACUUUUUUUUUCUUCAAACUUUUAAUCAAAGUGUUUUUGGCUCUCCUAACUCAUUUCUAUAUCGUCAAAGGAAAUAGAAAAGAAGCGGCUAGGAUAGCAGAAGAGAUCUAUGGUGGAAUUUCAGAUUGCUGGGCUGAUCGAUCCCCACUUCAUGAAGCUGCGGCCCAGGGGCGCUUACUGGCCCUUAAAACUUUAAUUGCACAAGGUGUCAACGUGAACCUCGUGACAAUUAACCGGGUCUCUUCGCUCCACGAGGCGUGCCUCGGAGGUCACGUGGCCUGCGCUAAAGCCUUACUGGAAAAGGGCGCACACGUCAACGGAGUGACGGUCCACGGAGCCACGCCCCUCUUCAACGCGUGCCGGAGCGGCAGUGCUGCGUGCGUCCACGUGCUGCUGGAGUUUGGAGCCAAGGCCCAGCUGGAGGCGCACUUGGCUUCACCCAUCCACGAGGCAGUGAAGAGAGGUCAUAGAGAGUGCAUGGAGAUUCUUCUGGCAAAUAAUGUUAACAUUGACCAAGAAGUGCCCCAGCUUGGAACUCCCCUGUAUGUGGCCUGCACCUACCAGAGGGUAGACUGUGUGAAGAAACUUCUAGAAUUAGGAGCCAGCGUGGACCGCGGCCAGAGUCUGGACACCCCGCUCCACGCCGCUGCGAGGCAGUCCAGCGUGGAAGUCGUCCACCUGCUAGCGGACUAUGGGGCUCCCCUGAAGUGCAGAAAUGCCGAGGGGAAAAGUGCGUUGGAUCUGGCGGCUCCGAAAAGCGGCGUGGAGCAGGCCCUCCUGCUCCGGGAAGGCCCGCCUGCUCUCUCCCAGCUCUGUCGCCUGUGUGUCCGGAAGUGCUUGGGCCGAGCGUGUCGUCAAACCAUCCGUGAGCUGCAUCUGCCGGAGCUGCUGGAAAGAUUCCUGCUAUACCGGUAGUCCCAGCUGGCCUUGGGAAGGUACUUGGAAAUGAGCAGGCUACUGCCUGCUGUACCCAGGGUACUUAGUGUAGACACCCAGUGGCUAGGCUCUGAGUACCUUCCAAUGAGCAGAGUCAGCUAGUGUUGGUCCCGAAGAACCAGAACACCCGAGGAGUAGAAACUCCUGGUUAAUGCUCUCGUUCCCCAAGGGGCAACCGGCAGCCUUUUGGUUUUUAGCUUUGGUUGUUGAGACACUUUAGAAAUCUGUGCAGCGGAGUGAAAAUCAUCUGUUUGAAGAUUCGUGGUCUUUAAUUAUCUAAGGGUCAAUAUUCUGCAUAUCUUGCAGACACAUGUGAAUCUUGGGUGAAUAAGAGUCUGACGCGUGUAUCUCAUGAUGUGUUCCUGAUGUAGUCCCUCCCUCCUUUGCCCUUUCUUUCUCUGCUUCCACGAAUAAACUUCUGCUGUAAUCUUGA